AUGGGGCUUUGCUGGUCUUCUUCAUCUGAUUCUCCUUCAACAACAACACCUAGCACCACUGGUAACAUCAGUUCAGUAGGAGCAAAGUCAUCAAACAACACGACGACUACGGGAACAUCAAGGGGAAGUAACAUAUCUAGUGUGUUCUCUGCGGGAAGUGGCGACGAUGCUUACCCCGAGGGUCAGAUACUUCCCGUUCCGAAUUUGAGGAUAUUCAGCCUCGCGGAGCUUAGAGCUGCAACGAGAAAUUUCAAGUCUGAGAAUGUUCUUGGAGAGGGAGGAUUUGGGAAAGUCUUCAAAGGCUGGCUUGAAGAGAAGGGACCGGGGAAGCAAAGCAAUGGAACAGUUAUCGCUGUCAAGAAACUGAACUCCGAAAGCUUCCAAGGAUUCGAGGAAUGGCAAUGUGAGGUGAAUUUUCUUGGGAGGAUUUCUCAUCCGAACCUCGUGAAGCUAUUGGGAUACUGUUUGGAGGGUGAUGAUUUGCUUCUUGUAUAUGAGUUUAUGCAGAAAGGUAGCUUAGAGAAUCAUCUCUUCCGAAAGGGUUCUUCUGUUCAGCCGCUCUCAUGGGAAAUAAGGCUUAGGAUCGCCAUUGGAGCGGCUAAAGGAUUAGCGUUCCUGCACGCUUCAGAGAAGCAAGUAAUUUAUAGAGAUUUCAAAGCUUCAAACAUUCUACUUGAUGCAUCAUAUAACGCAAAGAUAUCAGAUUUCGGAUUGGCGAAAUUAGGUCCUUCAGCGAGUCAUUCUCACAUCACAACACGGGUUAUGGGUACAGAAGGUUAUGCAGCUCCGGAGUAUGUUGCUACAGGUCACUUGUAUGUAAAGAGUGAUGUUUAUGGGUUUGGCGUUGUUUUGGCCGAGAUCUUGACUGGUUUACAUGCGCUUGAUCCUACCCGUCCGUCAGGGCAACACAAUCUAACCGAAUGGAUUAAACCUCAUCUAUCCGAAAGAAGAAAGCUGAGGAGCAUAAUCGACCCUCGUCUAGAAGGAAAGUACCCUUUCAAAUCCGCUUUCCGAGUCGCUCAAUUGGCACUGAAAUGCCUUGGACAAGAACCAAAAAACCGUCCGUCGAUGAAAGACGUGGUGGAAGCGCUCGAACUCAUUGAAGCUGCCAAUGAGAAACCGUUGGAGCGAAGAACCACUAGAGCUUCCCCAUCCUUAACUCACCAACAAGGCCAUUAUCGCCGAGAACAUCUCUCUUCAUUUCGACCGCGCCAAACCGUGGCUCGACCUCGCUAG